ACAAUGCAUUCAGUAUCACAGAGAGCCAAUUUGAUAAUAUGCUUUGGAGCUGUUGUUCUGUUUGGUGUAUUGGUACUCAAUGUACUCUCAAGAUCAUUCUUUCCUGAUCGUAUCGAUAUAACGUUAACGGGAAAGGCGCACAAGUUUGUCAAUAGGAAUCCAGUAGAGUUGGCACAAGUCGUUGUCGACCUUGACACUGAUCUCACACCUCUAUUCAACUGGAACACAAAGAUGUUGUUCCUUUAUAUAACAGCAGAAUAUCAAACAACUGAGAAUGUUGUCAGCCAAGUAGUUAUCUGGGAUCGUAUACUUAAUGACAAGACAAAGGCAAUCAUCAAUGAGAAGAAUCUGAUCAAAUAUAUAUUGAUUGAUCACAGUGGAGAACUGAGGAGCGCAAACAUAACAUUGACAUUCAACUAUAAUGUCAUACCAAUCAGUGGACCACUGACAAGACACAAACAGGGAUCAUACUCAUUCAAUAUGCCAGUUGACUAUGUGCAG